GGAUGAGUAAAAUGCCAAACUGUCCUUACUGUGUGACUUUAAAUCCAUUGAUUUCAAUCUCAAUACGUCAGUAGGGUUCACCUUUUGCCGUCAAUGCCCUUUUUCUCAUCCAUUUUUUUUGUCUCUUCUUUUUUAUUUUUUGGGUUUUUUUAAUCCAAUAUUCAAGUAUAAGAGGCGUAUCUGCGUUGACUGUUGUAGCAGAGACUUUUCUCUGUAAAAAGAGGGAUUUGGGGUUCGAUUCAGAGUGUGUUUUGAGUUCUCUGAGAAUUUUUGAGGUGACCCAAGUGAUAAACAGAGGAGAAAGAGGUUGACAAGGUUCAACAAUGGCGGGUGGUUUUAUGGCUGCUGGGAAACCUGGAAGAGCAGAGCAAUAUAAGGGGGAAAUAACUCGUUAUGUGGUGUUUGCUUGUAUGGUUGCAGCUCUUGGUGGAUCUCUCUUUGGUUAUGACUUGGGUGUUUCAGGAGGAGUGACUUCCAUGGAUGAUUUCUUGAAGGAAUUUUUCCCUAAAGUUUACAGGAGGAAGCAGCUACAUCUACAUGAAACUGACUACUGUAAAUAUAAUAACCAGCUCCUAACUCUCUUCACUUCCUCUCUCUACUUUGCUGGCCUUGUCUCCACCUUUGGAGCCUCACAUGUUACAAGAACAAGAGGAAGGAGAAUAAGCAUUCUAUGUGGUGGCUUUAGCUUUGCCUUGGGUGCCAUUCUGAACGCUUUUGCUCAGAAUAUUGCCAUGCUAAUUAUCGGUCGAUUGCUCCUUGGAGUAGGCAUUGGAUUUGGAAACCAGGCUGUUCCUCUGUAUCUCUCUGAGAUGGCACCUGCAAGGAUCAGGGGAGCCAUGAACCUAAUGUUUCAGUUAACAACAUGUGUAGGCAUCCUCGUUGCCAAUAUUGUAAACUACUUCACUGAACAAAUUCAUCCAUGGGGCUGGAGACUCUCACUUGGUUUAGCCAUUGUCCCUGCAACUUGCAUGAUUGUUGGGGGCUGGUUCCUCCCUGAAACCCCGAACAGUCUCGUCGAGCAAGGAAAACUCGACAAAGGAAGACAAGUUUUAGAGAGAGUAAGAGGCACAACAGAGGUGGAUGCGGAGUUUCAAGAUCUAGUUGAGGCUAGUGAAGCUGCUAGAGCAAUUAAACACCCAUUUAGAAAUCUAUUGAGUAGGAAGAAUAGACCCCAACUGAUCAUUGGGGGUCUCGGGAUCCCAGCUUUUCAACAGUUAUCAGGCAUGAACUCGAUCUUGUUCUAUGCCCCUGUGAUAUUUCAGAGCUUGGGUUUUGGCUCUGGUGCUGCCCUCUACUCGUCCAUCAUGAGCAGUUCAGUACUCGUCGUCGCCACUUUUGUUGGAAUGAUGGCAGUCGACAGGCUGGGGAGGAGAUUUUUGUUUUUGGAGGCUGGUCUUCAGAUGAUUUCUUCCAUGUUGAUCAUUGGCAUUGUCCUUGCACUCAAGUUUGGACAUGGCUUGACGCUUCCGAAAGCUUAUGGUGCAACCCUAGUGAUCAUGAUCUGUGUCUUUGUGGCUGCCUAUGGGUGGUCUUGGGGACCUCUAGGGUGGCUCGUUCCAUCUGAGAUCUUCCCUCUUGAGACACGAUCAGCGGGCCAAAGUGUUGUUGUCUGUGUAAAUCUCUUCUUCACAGCUGCCAUUGCGCAAGCAUUCCUUGCGUCACUCUGCCACCUCCGAUACGGGAUCUUCAUCCUUUUCUCCUGCAUCAUCGUUUGCAUGACUCUGUUCAUAUACUUUCUUUUGCCGGAGACGAAGCAGAUCCCGAUAGAAGAGAUGGCACUUCAGUGGGAGAACCACUGGUACUGGAAGAGAAUUGUCACCACACCUUUGCCAUCAUCUAGCAAAAUUUGAAAAAUAAAAAUUCUUUUUCAUUUUUUAUUGAGACAAAAAUUAGAUGAAAAUGAUCAAUGACUAAUUAUGAAGAAGUUUGUUGAUGUUUUGCAUUUACAAGGAUGUUCUAAAUAAGUGAAGUGAAAAUGAUCGAUAUAUGACUAAUUCUGAAGAAGUUUGUUGAUGCUUUCCAUUUACAAGGAUGUGCAAAAUAAGUGAAGUUGCAUUUGGUAUUAGUUGUAACUAUUGGUUUU